AAAAAUAUUAAAAUUAAUUAAAAUGGAUCGACACAAGGCUGAUUGCUGCAAGUGUCACAAACAAGUCCAACCUGCUCAGCAGACUAUCACGGAUAUGGAAUUUGAUCGCGGCAUCUGGAAUGCAGUAAUUUAUAACGAAGUCGAUCGGGUGCGUAGUUUUGUCCAAAAGGGUAAAACCAUGGAUCUGGAUAAUUGUGAAUAUACAGCUUUACAUUAUGCGGCGCGUAAUGGCAACGAAGAAAUUUGUAAAUUACUUAUUAAUGAGGGCAAGGCGGAUGUGAAUGCUAUUACCAAGGGUGGCGUUACGCCAUUACAUCGUGCAGCUAUGAUGGGUCAUCUUCACAUAGUCAAACUAUUAGUGGAUGCCCAUGCCAAUGUUGAUAUACAAGAUGAUGAUGGUCAAACGGCACUGCAUCGUUCUGCAAUUGGUGGCCACAUGGAAGUUAGUAAAUUUCUUCUAGAGAAAAAUUCCAAACUAAAAGAUAUACCCGAUAAUAAGGAUAAGAUACCAUUUGAAUAUUUAGCAAAAAAUGCAAAUGAUGAUUUCAAAUUACUGCUUAAAUCCUAAACAUAAAA